AAAGGAUUCAAAUACACAAAAAUGCUGAAAAACCAAAGAGUUUGUGGGACCUGAAGGAUUUUUCUGAAGAACAGUGAACAAACAAGUGACUCAUGAACAACUAUCACAAAAAAACAAAACAAAACACAGAGCUGUGGAUCAUUCAGCUUGAGUGGGGGGAAACUUAGAAACUGACAGGCGAUUCGCACAUCAUGCUUGAAGGAGAGACCAAGAAGCAAGAAACCAACUCUAAUGAUGCUGAUAUCAAGGAACAAUCAGUAAAGAGAAGAAUGGGGGAAUUAAUUUCAAAAGGUUUGGCAUUAAACUCCCAAAACAGAAGUGUGGAAGAGCCGCCACCUUUAGCCACUAAUGUCCUACCUGACUCCUUGCCCUGUAAUGUUGAGGAAAAAGAGACAGAAAAAGGCUCCUGUGAAGCAGAUGUAGAUAAAUUUCCACAGCAGGUGACCCCUGUCAACGAGGCUGAUAUGGAUGCACAGACAAGUUCUAAUUGUCUUUCCAGUACCACAGAUAAUGAACCAAAAUCACUGCUGCUUAAUGAAGAAUUAAAUGAACCACUAGUCGACACUCAGAUGUCUGUUACAACAGAUGACAAGAAUGAAUCCCAUUGUUCUUCUGUCCAAACAUCUGACGAAGCUGUCUGUGAUGUAUCCUGCCCUAAUAUAAGCGAUAGCCAAUGUGAAGAUCCUGACAAAAAAAUCCUUGAGGACGCUGUCGAUGCAAACAGCCCCGACACUGAAAAUCAAGAAGCUGACGCAUUAAACCAAAAAGAUGUAACAAUGGACGAAUCCUCUGUAGAUCAUUUACCUGAGAAUCAGGAGGCAAAUUCAGAGCAUAAUAACCAGACACCUUCAACUGAAGAGAAUGCUGAGACAAGCAGUAUGGAGAUCACAGAAAGUAAACGUGGAUAUCACUCCUUUUCUCGCGGAAGGCCACGCAAAGAAAAACGGGUUAUCAAAUGUGAAUAUUGCGGGCGCCCUUUCAAUCACGCCUCAGCGUAUAUUAUUCAUCUGCGUGUCCACACAGGUGAGAAGCCCUUCACCUGCCAGGAUUGUGGCAAAGCCUUCGCUCAACUCUCCAAUCUUCGAUCCCACAGCAGAGUCCAUAAAUCUAAAAGAGGGAAACAUGCACACAGACACCAAGAUAAAGCCACGCCUGAGAAAAUUGUGGAGGAGAACAAAGUAAGCAUACCCGACAAAAUGGAAAGUGAUCGUAGUAGUCAUAGUAAUCAAAUCGCCCCUAGAAGGAGGCGGCGAGGAAGAGGGAAAGGGAAACCCCAAACAUGUCCGAUCUGUGGCAAGGUCUUUUGUUACAAGUCUGUCCUCAAAAUCCAUCUUCGUAUUCACAGUGGAGAAAAACCAUACUCUUGUAAGGUGUGUGGCAAAUCAUUUACUCAAGCGUGCACAGCACGUGUCCACGAAAGAGUGCACUGGUCCAUUAGACCUUUCUUGUGUACAAAAUGUGGUAAGGGAUUUUCUCAGAUCGGGCCGUUAAAAGUGCACACUUGUGAGGGUAAAAGAAACCCUCAUGCCACCUUGAAAGAAAUGGAAUUGGAUGGUGUUAUCACCUUCAGGUGUCACCUUUGCAAAAAGUGCUUUGGCACCAGAGAUGAGUAUGAAUUGCAUUUACAAGGACACACGGAUACCCAGCGUUACACUUGUGACCGCUGCAAGCAGACGUUUAGUCUCGCCUCAGAGCUACAUACGCACAACAAGCACUGCGUUUCCAUCCGGAUCACAAAAGUGAAGCCUUCUGGUUACGGUUCACCUCACAGACUACAACCCAAAAACUCCUUGAAGAGAAGAAGUCCUCAAAAAAUGCGGUGCGCAAGUCCAGUUAAAUCUCCUCCGAAAGAUUUCUCCUUUCCGAGGAAGCUGAAAAAAUCCUCGUCUUUACUUGCUUGCCCUAUUCAAGUCAUGGCCGCAACUGUUUACGACUCUCAGAAUAACCUCUAUUCAGUCAGUCAGCCAAUCAAAUCCAGCUAUUUUGUAUCUCAAUUGAACAGUACUCGCCACAAAGCAGAUCCAAGAAAGUACUUCUGCCCACAGUGUGGACGGAUAUUCCAGCACGUUGGACGGCUGAGAGCCCAUAUGCUCACUCAUUCACGGGGGAAAAUCUUCAUGUGUAUUGAUUGCAACAGGCCGUUUAAAAACUGGAACAAAUUUUGGAUUCAUCAGCGGCUGCACAGACAAAAAAGAGGACGCUUUUUUUGUCCCAAGUGCGGUCAGGGGUUUCGAUUUGUGGGAUUGUACAAUAAACAUCUGCAGAAGCAUCCAGAACUGAACGCUUACGCUUGUCCCUUCUGUCCUCAUACGUUCUCAAAUGCGCAAAAGUUGAGGAACCACCAGCAAGAGUGGCACCGCUCAACCAUGCCCUUUAUUUGUGAUAUUUGCGGAAAAGGUUUUGCGAGCGCGGUUAUUCUUAAGCGACACGGAGUUGUUCACUGCACAAAUGAUCCGAUGGAGACGCAUUACACCAUUGAUCCGCAGUCUGCUGUGCAUCCUUACGAAUGCGGCACGUGCAGUGCCAGUUUUGAGAACUUGGACUUGCUUUUCCACCAUCAGCUCCGCCACAAGCCUGUAGAUAAAGGAUCAAUAGCAAUGAAAGGCCAGCUACUUAUGAUGGAGGAACAUCAAUCUCACCAUCUCCAGCGUCAAAGCUAUGAUUAUGGUCUUCGUGAUAAUCAGAGGCAAGAGAAGCUCCUCUCAUUCCCCCGCUCAAAUGGAGGAGAAAUGCCUCGUCGGCUGACGCACAUUGGUCCCUCAACUUUGCAUCCGCCACAAAAGCCAACACCAAACACUGAAGCCCCAAACACCUCUAGAACUAAUUCUCAAACUAAUGAGGUGCAAAUGGUUGAAAAACACACUAAAAACACAGCAACUGAAGAAUUAAAUGGUUCAAGCCGUUCACCGUCUAUAUUGAAGACAGAGGACACAACUGGUGACUUAAUUUGCACUGAAUGCAAUGCUUGUUUUUCCAACCUCAUACAACUGCAUGGACAUUACUUGGAACAUGCCAGAGGAGAAAUAUGAAUAUUCUGUAAAUGUUUUUGUUUGAUUUGUAUGGGAAUCGCAUACUUCUGAAACUUGUGAAAAUGUUUGCUGUAAAUGAAUAUUUGUUUUUCUCUUGUGAUAUCAACAUUACUGAUGUGCUGACACCCAAUUUUGUUUAAAAAAGAAUAGUUCUUCAAAUAUGGAUUAGAAAUUCCCUUGUAUUGUUUUAUUUAGUGAUCCUAUUGUUGAGUUAGAUAUCUGUUAGUAUUGGUGCUGUUUUGAAAUUUUAAAGAUGUUGCUGUUAACAAAUUAAACAUCUUGUCUGACACCGCUCAAAAUGAAGUCUUUUAUGUUAAAGGAGUAGUUUACUUCCAGAAUAAAAUUUCCUGAUAAUUUACUCACCCCAUGUCAUCCAAGAUGUUCAUGUCUUUCUUUCUUGAGUCUAAAAGAAAAAGUUUUUGAGGAAAACAUUCUAGGAUUUUUUGCCAUAUAGAGGGCUUAAAUGGGAACCAACAGGUUGAAGGUCCAAAUUGCAGUUUCAGUGGAGCUUCAAAGGGCUCUACAUGAUCCCAGCUGAGGAAUAAGGGUCUUAUCUAGUGAAAUGUUCUAUCAUUUUCUGGAAAAAAAAAAAAUAUAUAUAUAUAUAUAUAUAUAUAUAUAUAUUUAUAUACUUUUUUAACCAAAAAUGCUUAACUUCCACUUGUUCGACCGGUACCGGAUGUACCGAUCCAGUGUUUACAAAGCGAACGUACAAAGAAAGCCAAAAGCCCUUUACAAAAAAUGCCAUGAAAUUUCCAACAUGAUUAUUUAAUGCAAAAAAAAGUCGUAGACGUGCAUCGCAAAAACCUUAAUUUCUUUUCGGCUGAAGAAAAAAAGACAUGAACAUCUUGGAUGACAAGGGGAUGAGUGAAUUAUCAGGAAAACCUUAUUUUUGAAGUAAACUAAUCCUUUAAUAGAAAAUGAUCAUGGAUGUUCAAAGAGGUUUUAAUAUUUCACCACACAUUUUAUAAAUAAA